UGGAUCUGCCCCCAUUCUGAGGAGCAACAUGGCAUGCGUGAGCAAUCUUCCUUCAGCAUAGACAAAGAGUAGGAAAUAUAACAUCUCUGGUGGCUCUUGUAUUCUUUUGUGCCAUAAAGGGAAACGGUGUGGUUUUCGGAGACUGUGCUGCGGGAAGGAACCCCUUCAGUCUCAUACAAUCCGCACAGACAUCGAUUCGUCUGGAGGGCGUAAAGCGAAGGGUCUGGGAGGUGCUCAGUCAUCCCCAAAUCUCAACUCAUGACUCAUGUUAUUACAAUCACUCUAUUUUCUACAGUCGAAGCAAGGAUCGUUUAACACAGUGAGUGAAUCGAUCAUUUAACCACUUGGGACAAUGACGUGUGUUAUACCGUUUGAAGGCAUUUUAAGCUCUAAGACAUUGGCUGAUUAUUUAAAACACCCAGGCAGUUUUUUUUUGGAUUGAAACAAUAGAAACGCGGAGCUUUUUAAUGAGUUUCACAACUCUAAACUCCAAAUAGGAGAGAAAUUUUGAUCCUACCAGAACAGAGCUGUGAUAUUUUUGUGCUUAAUUUGCCAUUUUACACCAAAGGCUUCAUUCUUUUUUGUGGAAAGGAUUGUAAUCGUGAUUGUUAAGGCGAGCUUCAAGUCAUGACUGCACACACUCCCAAUGAUUUAAAUGUAUUUAAUACAGAGAAUAGUGACAUACGGAUAAAUGUAGGAGGCUUCAAGAGGAGAUUACUCUCUAGCAUAUUGUCUCGCUUCCCUGAAACGCGUCUUGCGCGUUUGGUGCGAUGCCAGUCAACAGAAUCCAUCCUGGAACUGUGUGAUGAUUACGAUGACACUGAACGGGAGUUCUAUUUUGAUCGAAAUCCUUCACUUUUCCCCUAUGUUUUGAAUUUCUACAACACAGGACGCUUGCAUGUUAUGGAAGAACUCUGUAUUUUCUCGUUUAGCCAGGAAAUUGAAUAUUGGGGUAUCAAUGACUUUUUCAUUGACUCCUGUUGCAGCAACACCUACCACUGCAGAAAAAUGGAGCCUUACCAGGAGGACUGGGAGGAUAAAAGUGAUGAGGGUAGCACUUCUUCUUCUUUUGAUGAGAUUUUAGUGUUUUAUAGUGAUGCCACCAAGUUUGAUAAGCAACCACUAGGAAGAAUCAGGAGGAAGAUUUGGCUGAUGUUGGACAAUCCUGGCUACUCUCUGUCCAGCCGGGUCAUUAGUGUUUUCUCUAUUCUGGUGGUGCUGGGCUCCAUAGCCACUAUGUGCAUGAACAGCAUGAGUGAUUUUGCCACAUUGGACAGUGAGGGCCUGCCUCAGGAUGACCCCCGAUUUGAGAUAGUGGAGCAUUUUGGAAUAGGCUGGUUCACAUUUGAAUUGGUUGUCAGGUUUGUUGUUGCACCAGACCUACUCCAUUUCUUUAAGCACCCAUUAAAUGUGAUUGACUUAGUGUCUGUUCUACCAUUUUAUCUCACACUACUACUUGAUCUGGUGACUGAGAGGCGCCCCACACUAGAGAACCUGGGACGUAUAGCACAGGUCCUGAGGCUGAUGCGGAUCUUCAGAAUCCUAAAGCUGGCACGUCAUUCCACUGGACUGAGAUCACUUGGAGCAACACUGAAAAACAGCUACAGGGAAGUGGGGCUGCUACUGCUCUAUUUAGCAGUGGGGGUGUCAUUCUUCUCUGUGAUGGCAUACACCAUUGAAAAGGAAGAAAAUGAUGGACUGACUACUAUUCCAGCCUGCUGGUGGUGGGCAACGGUCAGCAUGACUACAGUGGGCUAUGGUGAUGUCGUGCCAGGGUCUAUUGCAGGAAAACUCACUGCUUCAGCUUGCAUCCUCGCUGGCAUCUUGGUGGUGGUGCUGCCCAUGACACUCAUUUUUAACAAGUUUUCAUUGUUUUAUAAGAAGCAGAAACAGUUGGAGAUUGCCAUGAGGAGCUGUGAUUUCAGUGGGGACAUUAAGGAAGUCCCUUCGGUGAACUUGAGGAACUAUUAUGCACAUAAAGUGAAGUCCCUAAUGGCCAGUCUGUCCAACAUGAGUCGCAGUUUUCCCAGUGAUCACAGUUUGAAUGGGUCACUGCAGUAGCACAGAAGGAUUGAAAGCACUCUA